CGAUAGCUUCCCUAAGGCAGCGGGCGGCGUUUGGGUGGGAAGCCCCGCGGAAGGGAGCUGGGCGGCGGCCCGCCCGGGCCAGCAACUAGUGGGAAGUCCGGAGGGAGAGCGUAGAAGACAUGGGGCACCGCGGAGAAGAGCUUGUGGGCGGCCGGGAAGGGCGAUUCCGGGUUGGAGGAGAUUGAGAGCCUGCAGCAUGGGAGAUGAGGACUGGGACACCGAGAUCCAGGACCGCGUGGCAUCCUUCGUUCCAGACUUCCAGCAGCUGGAUAACUUUUCUGGAAGAGCAAAUGAUGACCCCUCAUUUAGUCGCAAUCAAAGCAGAAAUUCAGCAGAUGUUGGUGUGGAACCUAACAGAAGUCAACUCAUGCGGGGUAACUUCGGUACUGGAAGGAGUUUUGGGAAUAGAGGAAAUAAAUUUGAAGAAAGAAGAAACCCUGGAUUUGAGAGAGAAUCUACUGAAGAUGGCCAAUCAAGAGCGCUUUCAAGGAGAGGAGGUUUUCAGGAAGGAAGCUAUUCAGAAAGUCUUGGCACACGAAGAGGUGUUGCAGGUGGUUUCAGAGGUGGCCGUGGAGGAUUUGGACAAAGUCAAAAUACUGAAAAUGAGCAACGAGGACAGCAAUCUGGUAACGUCUUUAUCUCUAGGAGAGGAGGGUUUGGAGGUCCUACAGGUGAUAAUGACAGUGAUAGAAGCAGAGGAUUUGGAAGCAAAGGAGGAUACAGAGGUUACAACGAAGAAGUAAUUGCAGGUUCAGGAAGAAGUUCUUGGAAAUCACAUGGCAAAACAGAAAGUGGUGAUAAUCAAGGUCCAAAGGUGACCUAUGUGCCUCCACCUCCACCUGACAAUGAAGAAGCCAUCUUUGCACACUAUCAGACAGGAAUUAAUUUUGAUAAAUAUGACACAAUUCUUGUGGAAGUGUCAGGGCUUGAUCCUCCACCAGCAAUACUGACUUUUGAAGAAGCUAAUCUUUGUCAAACAUUAAACAAGAACAUUGCUAAAGCUGGAUAUUUGAAACUUACGCCAGUGCAGAAGUAUAGUAUUCCUAUUAUACUUGCAGGGAGAGAUUUAAUGGCAUGUGCCCAGACAGGAUCUGGAAAAACGGCAGCUUUUCUUUUGCCAAUUUUGGCUCACAUGAUGAAAGAUGGGGUAACUGCCAGUCACUUCAGAGAGCAGCAGGAACCAGAAUGUAUUAUUGUAGCUCCAACUAGAGAACUGAUAAACCAGAUCUUUCUGGAAGCAAGAAAGUUUUCAUUUGGAACUUGCAUAAGGCCAGUUGUGAUAUAUGGAGGUACGCAAACAGGUCAUUCAAUUCGUCAGAUAAUGCAAGGCUGUAAUAUAUUAUGUGCUACCCCAGGAAGGCUUAUGGACAUCAUAGGUAAAGAAAAGAUUGGACUGCGUAAAGUGAGAUAUUUGGUGUUAGACGAAGCCGACCGUAUGCUCGAUAUGGGUUUUGGUCCAGAGAUGAAGAAAUUAAUCUCUUGCCCAGGCAUGCCAUCAAAAGACAGGCGUCAAACAUUAAUGUUUAGUGCCACUUUCCCGGAAGAAAUUCAAAGGCUGUCUGGAGAAUUUUUGAAACCUGAAUACUUAUUUGUUGCUGUUGGACAAGUGGGUGGAGCCUGCAGUGAUGUUCAGCAGACGGUUCUUCAAGUUUCCCAAUAUUCCAAGAGAGAGAAACUGAUUGAAAUUCUACAAAGCAUAAGAGAUGAGCGAACUAUGGUGUUUGUGGAAACAAAGAAGAAAGCAGACUUCAUUGCAACCUUUCUUUGUCAAGAAAAAAUACCAACCACCAGUAUUCAUGGUGAUCGGGAACAAAGAGAGCGAGAAGAGGCUCUUUGGGACUUUCGUUCUGGAAAAUGUCCUGUUCUUGUUGCUACUUCAGUAGCAGCAAGAGGCCUGGAUAUUGAAAAAGUUCAACAUGUUAUUAAUUUUGAUCUUCCUUCCACUAUUGAUGAAUAUGUUCACCGGAUUGGGCGAACUGGACGCUGUGGGAACGUCGGAAAAGCAAUUUCUUUCUUCGAUUCUAUUUCAGACAGCCACAUAGCCCAACCUCUGGUUAAAGUGCUUUCAGAUGCUCAGCAGGAAGUUCCAUCAUGGCUGGAAGAAAUUGCAUUUAGUGCUCAGGGAACUGGCUUUAGCAAUCCAAGAGGAAAUAUCUUUGCAUCUGUUGAUACUCGAAAGAUUUACCAAGGCAAAGACAGUAUGAACACAGGAGGAUUUACUAUGUCAUAUACUACAAGUGCAGCUGAUGAGUCAUGGGAUUAAGACUAAAACCGUACCAAGUUAUAGAUUUUGGUUUUGAUACAAAAGUUUUUGUUUUUUAAAGACUUGUAAAGUGAGAGAUGUUCACAUAACUAAAUUCUUUACUGGCUAGUUAAGUAAAAUACUUAAAAUGUUUAAAAAACUGUUGGUGUUAUUGAAAAGUGGUGGUUCCAUCAGAAAUGUGGAUCUACUAAACGUACAAUGUUCCAAGAGUUGCUUGCUACUUUUGGUAUACUUUGUGAAAGGCAUUUUAACAAGUUUCGUAUGUCCUGGUCCAAGACUUCCACUCUUGAAAAUAUAUUACAAAAAGUAUCAUUAAGAGUGUUUACUGAUGAUACUUUGGCAGUGAGUAUUCUUUGUUGCAGAAUGUGAAAUUCCCCUUACAUUUUUCUCUCAUUUUUUGUUCUUAAAAAGAAACUAGUAAAUUGGUCCAAGUUACCAGUUACAAGUCCAUAGUCUAUAUGUGAACUACACAACGUUGCAAAAAGACGCUUUGAGAAUAUAGACUCCGUUAUAAAGGGCUUACUUACAUUUAAAUUGGAAUUGCAAAAUAAUUUAACUUCUCAAAUAUGUCAAAGGUAAAAUACUGUAUGCACCAGAUGACAUGUCACGUUAGCCUGUAAAGAGCUAUUGCAGAUUACUGCUUGUAAACAUACUUAAUAAAAACUUG